UUAGCCAAUGAUGGCUUCAGCAAGAAGAUUGUUGCUCAUUCUACAAUGCCCAUAAAAAACUACCUAGCCAUCUAUGAAGAUGUUUUCAGGCCUGCAGUACUUGCCUAUGGAAUGUGGGAUCAGGUGCGAGUAGAUCAUGGCAAGGAAUUUUAUUUGACACUCUUCAAGCAGGAGCUGCUGUCAUCCUAUCGCCAUAAUCAGGAGAGAAGGCCUUACUUACACACUUCAUCCACAAGGAAUCAUACAGUUGAACAAAUCUGGCCUGAGGUCAAUAAUCGUGUCAACUAUCCCCUGAAGACAGCCCUUCUGCAAUUGGUGGAUCAAGAGGAAUUAAACAUGGACAACAACCUUGUCAGAUACUGUGUGUCCAACCUGACUGUACAGUUAUGUCAGAUUGGUCUUACCAGGGUGCUGGAGUCGUGGAACGCUCACCGAAUACCAGGUAAAGGCAUACCAAUUGACUUGGCUAGCAGUGGUUGUCCCAGAAAAAUCCCACAGGAGCUGCUGCCUCAUUCAUUUGAAGCAGCAGACCUGUACAGGCAACAACUGGGAUCCGAACUAACCACACAUUCUACUUUUGGAGUUGAUCCAUUUUCAACCGAACAGGACAAACUUACAGUUGAGAAUCAGUUUGCAGAGAAAUAUUCAGACAUAUCAGACUUGUUCUCUAGAGCACAGGAGCUCGAGCAUUUUGUGGCAGCGGCAGGUAGUCUCGGCACUUCCGGUGGCAACUCCAGCUGCCGGAUGAGCUGCCAAGGCAGCUGCCAGGGAAACUGA